AUGAGGGUAGUAGGUCCAGAAGGGAUCGCUGUCUUCCUGGGCGAUUUGGCGCCAUGCGUACCUACAUCCGGCGUGGGCACACAUGCUUUGGGAUCUAAAAGCGGAGUAAGGAACUCGGGUGUUAAUGCCUGCCCGCAAAAGAGACCAUCGGUCGCCAAUCACCGGCAAGGCACUGCCAGGAAAAGAAGUUUCACGCAUAUGCGCUAA